UGUCAGACAGACAGUCAGAUAGUUGACAAAUUGCAUUUAUUGUCCUUAUGUUGAUGUUGUUGCAAAACUUUGUUAAUUUUGAUUAACUAAUAAACAAAAGAGUGUUCCCUUCUUUUAAAAUGAGUUCAGAAGCUCCAGUAAUAAAAAAUGUCAUACAUUCCGGUCAAAAGUAUAUACCGAUUGCAGAGGGGAGUAAGGCCCACUUCCACUUCCAAACAUGGAAAAAAAUAGGAACAGAGAGAAUUUUAGUGGAUGACAGUAAGAAAAUCGGUAAAAAGGAACCCAUGGUUUUAGUUAUAGGACACAAAUUCAAGUUGGAAGUUUGGGAAACUAUUGUGAAAAUGAUGGCUGUGGGCGAAGUAGCUAGCUUUCUAGUGAAAAAGGAGUUAGUGUAUAGUUAUCCAUUUGUGUCCAAAACACUAAGAGACCUGGGCAAAGAAACUCACACCAUAAAGCACUCCUGCACUAUGACCCUACACACUGAAGGUAUUGGGUAUCCCGACUUGGAUGAGUUGAUCAGCAACCCUUGUGACCUUGAAUUUAUCAUUGAACUCCUGAAAGUAGAAAGCUCAAAUGAAUAUGAGAAGGAAGUGUGGCAGUUAAACAUUCAGGAGAGGCUGGACCUUAUCCCCACCUUGAAAGAAAAAGGGAACAAACUGUAUGGAGAAAAGAAAUACAAUGAAGCUGAAGAUGCAUAUAGUCAAGCCAUUGCUAUGUUGGAGCAGCUGAUGGUUCGGGAAAGAAAAACUGAUGAUGAAUGGGUAAAUUUAAAUAAAAUCAAGAUUCCCAUUUUGUUGAACUAUGCCCAAUGCAAACUAAUUAAAGGGGACUUCUAUCCAGUUAUAGAACACUGUUCAACAGUGUUGCAAUAUGAUCCAGAUAAUGAAAAAGCGUUGUUCAGACGAGCCAAAGCACACAUAGGUGCCUGGAAUCCGGAUCAAGCAGAGGAAGAUUUUAAACAUUUAAAAACAUUGAAUCCUGCAAUGAAAGCAAGUGUAGAUAAGGAAUUGGAUAACAUCAGAAAGUUGAAAGCAGAAAAAGCGGAAAAAGAUAGAGAUGCUUUGAUAAAACUGUUUAUGAAAGGAGUGUAGCAGUCAUUUAUUUAAUAAGAUGGUUAAGAGAGUUGAUUAUUUUAUUAUGUUCAGUUACCUCAUUCUGUACCUUCCUUGGUGCUGCCAAAAAUUAUUUGUCUUCGUACAAAGUGUAUUUAACUAAAUGUGAUAGUAUGCUUGUCAUAUUCAUAAUAAUUAUAUUAAUAUAUUAUAAUGAAAUAUAUAA